GCCAGCCAUGAAGUUCACGACGCUGCACAACAUCGACACCGAAUACUCGGCCGACUCGGUGGAGUGGUGUGGAGUGGACGAGGAGCAUAGUAAAUACUUUGCAUGUGGCACCUACCAGUUGGUGGAGGGGGCAGACGAGGAAAAUGGCAGCGAGACGGCAAAUCGGAAGCGCAAGGGCCGCAUCUAUUUGUAUGGCUUUGAUGCGGCCAGUGGGGCACUGGAAAGGCUGCAUAGUGUGGAUACGGCUGCUAUACUGGACAUGAAAUGGCUGCCUGCGUUGCGUGGGAGUGGCGGACCACUGCUGGCCACGGCCAAUGCCAUAGGCGAGCUCGAGAUCUACGAGUUGUUGCGCGCCGACGGUGGCCGGCUGGAGCGGCGCACGUGUUUGGCGCUGGAAAGCAAGUCGGAGACGCCACCUUUAGCUCUAGCCUUUGAUUGGCGCCGAGAUGGCGAUGCACUGCAGCUGAUUGUAUCGGAUUCGCUGGGCCAGAUAAGUCAGCUGGUGUACACGCCGCAGGCUGAGCUUCGCCAGCUGGUGGCUUGGAAUGCGCACGGUUUCGAGGCUUGGACCUGCGCUUUCGACAAAUGGACGCCGCAGUGUGUAUAUACGGGCGGUGAUGAUGGACUUCUAAACGCCUACGAUUUACGAACGCAGCAGCGUCUGUGGACGAAUAAAGCACACCAGGCCGGCGUCACCGCUCUGCUAAGCCAUCCACGCUUCGAACAUCAGCUCCUCACCGGCAGCUAUGACGAGCAGCUGCGCCUCUUCGACACGCGCGCCAUGAAACGUACUCUGGCCGAGCUGAGCCUGCACGGCGGCAUAUGGCGUCUCAAGCCCCAUCCCGUCCAUGACGAACUCCUCCUAAUCGCCUGCAUGUACAAGAAUUUUAGUGUGGUUGGCCUGACUGCUGCCGAUGGCGAUGCUCGACUCUCACUGCUGGGCACAUACGAUGAGCACUCGAGCAUUUGCUAUGGCGCCGACUGGGCGCAAACUGUGGCGCAGCCUUCGGGAGACCAGAAGCUCCUCCAUAUGGCCACCUGCUCCUUCUAUGAUCAUAAGCUUUGUGUAUCCGCUGUUGAGAUUGACUAACUAAAGUGCUUAGAUAGCGUUAUACAGCCCGUAUUUAGUUAAUUGUUUUCAAUAAAUCAAAAUAAUUACAAA